AUGUUCAUUCUUGUCGGACUACCGGUAGAAGAAGACACACCCCAUCCAACGGAAGGCCAGAUUCAAGAGGAAUAUGGGGUCCAUUCUAGCAGGAUACUUCUUCCGUCGUUCACAGGAGUGUCCUUGGAAGGGAUAGUAAAUCAGGUAGAAAGACUAAACUCGCUAGAAAAAUCGUGUGAGGGUCUUCUCAAAACAUUCGUGGGAUACUCUGGUGGAGACAAUAUGGGAAAAGGAAACGUGUGCAACAGCGCUGAGAGAAUGAAGGAAUUUCUUAAAUGGGAUUCACAAAGCUUUAUGACCAAUUCCAUUGAUAAGGUCAUUUUACUUCUUGAGGAGGAGUACAAAAGAAUUAACAAAGCAUAUGAAGAGAAGGCUGAGGAGUUCAACGAAGCAAAGAAGGAAUGUGACAGACUUCAAAAGCUUACAAGGGGAAACCUGUGCGACAUCAACCUCAACAUAAUAGUUGAAAAGCAAGAGAAGUACGAGUUCCUUAAGGUCAUGUACGUAGUUGUCCAGAAGAGCAAGAGCUCGGAGUUCAAUAGAAUAGUAUACGAGUCUCCCCACAUAUCGUCGGAUGCUGUCGAAAAGAUAAACAGCGAUGAGGAUCAUGACCUUUUCAAGCUUUAUAUCCUGCACCAUUCGGAGGAAGAAAUAAGAAAUAUGAUGCAUGAAGAGGGCUUUCUGAUUAAGGAUCUUGAUGAGAACAUGAUAUCCUCGAAGGAGAUGAUUACAGAGAGAAGAAAGGCCGAGGAGAGGUUUUCGGCUAUUGAAAGAAUACUUAUGACAUUUGUGCAUAUUCACUUAGUAGAAGCUCUUAAGAUAUUAGUUCAUGUAAAGCUUCUGAGGCUUUUUGUGGAAUCCGUUUACAGAUACGGCCUUCCUACAGAAUACAUGUUUUUUGUAACAAACGGGGAGAAGUCAAAGAUCCUGAGCCAAUGGAUAACUAUAGCCAAGGAUUGGCCCUCCGACAGAAUUGUGUAUGAAGAAGAGGGGGACAACAAUGAAGAGGGUGAGAUAUUCUUUGCUUUCUCUGAGAUAGAAGUGCAUGGCGAAGAAGAGUAG